AACAUGAUGCCAUGUAUCUGUGUGAUCUUUGCUGUACGGAGGGACCCUGUGGAAGUGUGUUUGCUCAUAUAAUUGGAUUCAAACAUAAAGAGAAAUAUCUAGCCAUGAAAUAUAAUCUAAAUAAUCUUAGUAAACAUGAUAUGGCCAGAGAAGCAAAGAGGGUGGAGAAGCUGGAAGGUAAAAGAUUAAAUGACAUUACAACUAUAAUAGAUGAUCUCAAGUAUCCCUGGCCUCCUGGCAAGAAACCUGAAGGAUUAGCUAGAAAGAGGCCGAUUGAAGAAACGGAGGACGACGAUGCUAGCUCAGAGAUUUCUCUCUCAAGGGACUUCGCGAGACGAGGUUACGAUUUCAAGAGACACACGGAGGAGGGAAUUAAACCCAGUCUCUCGGAGAGUAAAAUAGCCAAGGUUCUCGGAGCGCUCCGGAGCUGUCAGGUUAAAACCGAAGAGGAUGCCGACAUGGCGCAUCAAGUUUCCGCGCAUCUUGUGCGCGCACUCAGUGAUUACAAGGAGAUGACCGGAAACCCUGCCGAGACUAGACUCGUCCAGGCUAAAUGUGAUCAAAUCCUAGAUCUACUCUUCAGUAUCAGAAAGAUUACGUCCUUUUCCAAAGUAAAGACCGGAGAAACGUCCGGAGAGUGGAAAGCAGAUGUAGUGGAUUACGGUCACGGACAAGCACCACACUCGGAGAUAGGGUUCGGAGGAGGAGGGGGUGCUCCAGGAUACGGAACCUCAGGACCAAGUUCAUUAGUUGGAAGAUAUUCCACUUCAGCUGAACCUGAUCCAUACUUCUCAUCCUCUCUACCCAACCCUGCUUAUCAAAGUAUCCCAGCUCCAAGAAGGUUUGAACCUGAAAGUACUGUUUAUGCAGAAUCGUCGUAUAAUUCAGCUCCAGACUACAGAACUAGUGAUUCUCAUUAUGAACAAUGGAGAAAUUGAACUCGUAAAGUGCAAAUAAUUUUUUAGGAACAAUGGGGGAGGGGGUCAGAGCACAUUUUAGUUUUAUCUGUUACUGAAGCAACCAAUUCAAUUGAUUUAAUGAUAUUUAAGGGAAAAAUUACUUUAUUUGUAUUCAAAAAGUAACUUUAGGUCAGGACUUAUUAGUGAAUAUUAUUGUUAGACCCUUGAAUGUAAUAAAGCCUAUUUCGUCAUUAAAAUUAAUUUUUUUUUUUAACGAGCCACUUUUUAGAGGAGUAGUAAGAUACGCUUUAUAUUAAAAUAUUUCGAGGGAAAUUUUAAUUUUUUUAUGUUUAGUUUGGUCGAUUUCAAACAGACCAGAUAUAUUCAUGAUUUUAAAGUUUAAAAUUUAACGAGGCAUCUUUUUUUGACUCUUCAGUCUUCAGUAUCUUUUGUGGUACUUAUUCUCAAAGAUUCAAAUAUUUAACCUCAAUACAUCCAAUUCUGAAAACCUAAAUAAUUUGUAAUAUUUUAUUUUGGCUCUUUUUGAGUAAAACUUCUCAACAUAUAUUAGUUAAAUCACGAGGUGGGGUUCAUAUGGUAUAAUCAUGAGAAUAAGCACAAUAAGAAUUGAUGUCAUAAAUAUGAAAAUUCAAUUUUUACCAUAUUAAAUUUCAUCUAUUAUUAAUUUCUUUUCUCUCUGAUUUUGUCUUCACUAAAUUAUCUUAAAUGUGCAUUUUUAUUUUUCUGUUUUCUUGUUUAUGUAAUUUUGUAUUCGUAAAUAUACCAGUUGAAAAUACCUAGGUUUGUCUGUAUAGACGGGAAUACCCGGAUAUAUAUUUAUAGAUCUAGUAUAUAAAGACGGGAAUACCCGGAUAUAUACUUAUAGAUCUAGUUUAUUAAGACGGGUGUACCCGGAUAUAUAUUUCUAGGUCUAAUAUAUUAAGACGGGUGUAACCGAAUAUAUAUUUCUAGAUCUAGUAUCUUUGAGAAUAUCCGGAUAUAUACUUCAAGAUCUAGUAAAAGUGUAUAAACUGAAGAACCCUGAUAAUUAUUCCAGA